UUUAUAAUUAAGAAGAAUUUACGUAUAUAUUGUCAGUUUUCAGAUUAGUGUAUUUUUAGUCAUGAAUAGUGUCUGUAGUUAAAACAAUGAUUGUGUAACAAAAAUAAGAAUCGAGAUUCCAGAAGAAAAUAAGAAGUGCAGUAAUGUUCCUCAAUUCAUCUUUUAGUGAUGAUGAAAAUGACACCAGAUUAGGAUGGGAAACUCCACGCAUGGAUCAUUUAGGCCUUGCUCUGGUUCUUUACGGUAUAUCUACAUUCACUGUGUGCGGAAAUCUUCUCAUUAUAAUAACAGUAUUUAGGGAUUCUAGUUUACACUCUGCAACAAAUUAUCUAAUUUCAUCUUUAGCAGUAGCUGAUCUUCUUGUAGGUCUUGUUGUAAUGCCCUUUGGUGCCACGUCUGAAGGGCUGAAUAAAGCCUGGAUGUUUGGGCCUCUAGGCUGUGAAAUCUGGCAAAGUUUAGAUGUUCUUGCAUCAACAGCCUCUAUUCUAAACCUCUGUGUUAUAUCCCUGGAUAGAUACUGGGCUAUAACAGAUCCUUUGAAGUAUCCAGUCAAAAUGAGUGACAGGAGAGCUGGAAUUUUGAUCUCCCUUGUGUGGAUCUGUUCUUGUAUCAUCUCCUUCCCAGCCAUAGUUUGGUGGAGAUCAACUUCAAGUGGACCCCCUCCACCCUGGACUUGCCAGUUUACCGAGAACAUUGGAUAUCUUAUAUUCUCUAGUUCUGUAUCCUUUUACCUUCCCCUUGGAGUCAUGGUCUUUACAUAUAUAAAGAUAUAUCAGGCUGCCCGGGCCUAUAGUAUGAGCCUAAGAACUGGAACACGACAACAAAGCUCCAGUACUGGGGGGCUUAAUGAUGUAACCCUUAGAGUACAUCGUGGAAGAGCCCUAGACCCUCCUUCAACAAGUAGUGAUCAACUAGAAGUAACAUACUCUUCAAGUAGUUGGUCUUUAGGCCCUUAUCAUAAUCUGGACACGAAAAGGGGAAGUAUUGCCAGGCUACCAUUAGAUUUUAAAGAUCAGAAAAAGAAAAAUAUGGUUUCUAAGAAAAUAGCCAAAUUCAACAAAGAAGCAAAAGCUGCUAAAACUCUUGGAACUGUGAUGGGUGUCUUCAUAAUUUCCUGGCUUCCAUUUUUUGUGAUCAACAUUGUGGCAGGAUUCUGUCCUUCAUGCAUCAAGGAUGUGCAACUGGUUCUGGGUAUAGCUACCUGGCUGGGGUGGACUAACAGCGCUAUGAACCCUGUCAUCUACACCUGCUGUAGUAGAGAGCUUAGAAGAGCUUUCUUUAAAACUUUGGGAUGCUGCCAUCCCUGCUGGACUCUACCUGGAUUCUGGAGAUCCCUUGCAAUCAGUUCAUACAAGAGCUCAACCCAAAGCUAUAAUACAGAACCAGGAAAUCUGAAAUUUGAUCCCCAACUAAGAAGUCCGAUGAUUUACCUUGGUUCAGUUGUUCCAGAAGUUGUAGUUGUUCCACCUGUUCCAGUUUCCCAGUCAAUUAGUAGUUCCUCAGAAGCCUGCCUAAUAAAAGAUAUUCUUACUGAAGAUUUGAAUGGGAGUCAACAGAAAUCUCAGACCUUUUCUGAUUUUCAACAAGAUUACAAUCUGGCUACCUCAUCACUGCCAUCUUGCGGAAAAACCAAACAACUCAAGCUAAAAGAUGCCCCUCCGUAUGAGGAGUGUGGAGAGGAACCUGGAAUAACAGAGGAGUACCAAGUUCUAAAUAUUCGGCGCCUGCAUCCCACAGGAGUAUUUGUAUAUAGAGUAGAGUCCCUCCAGCCUGUGAUAUCCUGUCUACAGAAUACACAGUCUUUUACUCAAGCUGAAAAAGGACAAAGGGAGGACCAUCAUUCAUCUGAUCAAAUUGAACCAGAAGAAGGAAAUGGCUCAGAACUCAUAGAAAUGAACAGUUCAAAGACAGAGGCAAGUGAUAUUGUCAACCCGAAUAAAUGUGUGAUAAACGAAAAUGAAAGUGAUUUUUUGAAGAAUAGUAAUCUUUGCAAAGCUUGUAAUAAUAUAGAGAGGAAAGUUGACUCCGAGCAUUUUUGUCAAAUAUAUCAUUCUUCAAAAGAGAUGUUUUUCUAAAAGUUCAAAGACAACUUUAGAAUGGUGAAUAUC